CACUACAAAUCAGAACCAUUUCUUCAUGUUGACGAAUAAAGAUCCACCUUUCCAAAUCUCACCAUCAGUAACGAAUAUAAGACCUCCGAUCCACUUCUUCGCUUAAGCCAUAGACUCCUCCAAGCUUUUCGGUGGUAUUUUGAGGGAAAAGCAAACCAGCAAGAAUGGAGAAAUCUUGCCCACUACUCAUUCACUUUGACAAAGGAACACCAGCUAUUGCGAAUGAAAUCAAGGAAGCUCUUGAAGGCAAUGAUGUGCCUGCAAAGACAGAUGCAAUGAAAAAGGCAAUUAUGUUGUUAUGACCACCACCGAAUCUACUUGCCAACAAACGAGUAAACCCAGCAAUGACCGGCGAUCUUGAUCUGGUCAGAAAGGAUGACCCAUUCCUCACGCAGUACCAGCCAUCAGACCUACGUGACGCAUUGGAAUUCUUGACGACAUGGCUUCCCUUCCUCUCCAAAGAUUUGUGUCACAAGUGCACUCAAAUCCUCUCCGACCGCAUCCGUUCUCUCGACCUAGAACUUGAUGGUGAAAAGGAAGAUUACAUUCGGUUCAUGAAUGUGAAAAGGAAGAAAGAUUAUUUUUGCUAUGAGAGAUCUAAAGGGAAGACUUUAAAUGUUCUUGAGGGGCUUGAACUUCACAGUGGCGUUUUCAGUGCUGCAGAACAGAAAAUAAUAGUUGAAGAAGUUUAUGCCCUUGAGGAGAAGGGCCAUAGGGGGGAAUUGAAAGAGCAGACUUAUUCAGCACCCAAGAAGUGGAUGAGGGGCAAUGGGCGUGUAACCAUCCAGUUUGGUUGUUGUUACAAUUAUGCCACUGAUAAAAUGGGCAACCCUCCAGGCAUUCUCCAAAAAGAAACUAUAGACCCUUUGCCUUCUCUUUUCAAGGUGAUGAUUAGAAGGUUGGUCAGGUGGCACGUUCUUCCUCCAACAUGUGUACCUGACAGUUGCAUUGUGAACAUCUAUGAAGAAGGGGAUUGCAUACCUCCUCACAUUGACAACCAAGAUUUCGUCCGACCCUUCUGCACUGUGUCAUUUCUUAGUGAUUGCAAUAUUAUAUUUGGGUCAAACUUAAAGAUUUUGAAUGCCGGAGAGUUUGCUGGUGCAAUUGCUAUUCCUCUUCCUGUGGGGUCUGUUCUUGUUCUAAAUGGAAAUGGGGCUGAUGUGGCGAAGCAUUGUGUUCCUGCGGUUCCCACGAAGAGAAUAUCAAUCACAUUCAGAAAAAUGGAUGAAUCAAAGAGGCCAAUUUGGUUUGUUCCAGAACCUGAUUUGCAAGGGAUUCAGCCAUUAUCAUAUGAAACAGACAAGGAGAGAAGGUUUGAUUCUUCUAACUCUGAUGACCGCACUAGAAGGCAGCCUUUUAGAAGACAUAGUACCCAAUCAGAGCCGCAUUACUCGACUCGGACAAGGCAAGGGCCUAUUCAUAAGCGAAGGUUUAGGAUGAAUCCGGACAGCUGAUGAGUGCAUAAGUAUGCCGGAAAAGAACAAUCUCUCCAAAAUAGGGUUAAUUGCGCUUUUGCACAUUGAAAGAUGGUUCUUGUUUCAAUUUGCACAUUGAAUGUUAAAUUGUUUUAAUUUCGUAAUCGAAAGAUGAAAUUGUGUCAAAUAAGUCACUUGGGUAGGCAAA